CACAACUACGCAAUCAAUUAAGAUGAAGCACUCGCAACUAUCUCUCUUGUGUUCAUCAUGGCUCAGUACUCUUAUGUUAUUUUGGAUGUUGUUGCUGGCUCAUCAUGUCUUACAACAGUCAAAUGGUUGUUUUGCUUGUGUAGAGGAAGAGAAGAUUGCUCUUCUUAAUAUCAAAUCAGCAUUUAGUGAUCAUAAAAGCAUUGUUGAUCCAUACUCCUUCUUUCAGUCAUGGAAUAAGAGUAUUGAAUGCUGCAAUUGGUAUGGAGUGCAUUGCUCACCCACCACAAAGCAUGUUAGGCAACUGAAACUUCAUGACUGCUCUAAUACCAGAACUCUAAAUACCUCCUUGUUCCUUCCAUUCCGGGAACUUCGGAGCCUCGUUCUAUCAUUCAAUGGCUUCAACACCUGCAUCCCCAGUGAUUGUUUUAGGAGUUGGGCAGAAUUGGACAAUCUUUGGUACUUGGAUCUCUCAUAUAACAGUUUUCACUUUACCAAUGUAUACAGUGCCACGCCGAAGUUGAGCAAGCUCAGAUACUUGGAUUUGUCAAAUAAUCAGUUCAAUGAAAGCAUUGUUCCACAUUUGAUUGGACUAUCUUCUCUCAAGACUCUUUAUUUGGAAUGGAAUGACAUGGGUGGUGACCUUCCUCUCAAAGGAUUAUGCAAAUUAAUGAAUCUUGAGGAGUUAGACAUUGGGUACAAUGAUUUAAGUGGAGAUAUUCCAUUGUGUUUUGGACAUCUAUCGUCUCUGAGUUAUUUUGACAUCUCCUACAACCAAAUCCAAAUGCCUUUUCCUUCAAUUAUCUUUAAAAACCUCACAAAACUCAAGUAUGCCUUCUUUUCAAACAAUUACUUCUGUGGUGCUCUCUCAAUAGAUGAAUUUGCUAAUAAUACCGAGCUUAAAAUAUUAGAUUUUUCUAACAAUAAUCAGCUAGAGGUCCAAAAUGAACAUGUAAGGUUGACACCAUCAUUUCAACUUGAUGCUAUUUUCUUGUCCAACUGCAUCUGUAAUUCAGUUCCCAUGUUUUUGUCCACUCAGUAUCAAAUAAAACACAUUGAUCUUUCUAAUAGUAACCUCAAAGGUAACAUACCAAUGUGGUUAUUUCAAAAUAAAACUCAUCUAUAUUAUCUAAAUUUAAGGAAUAACUCAUUAACUGGACCAUUGAUCUUCCCAUCUCAUCUCAAAACAAAUUUGAUUUGGUUUGAUGUAUCCAACAACAAACUCAUAGGAGAAAUACAUAUGAGCAUUGGCUAUGUGAUUCCUUAUAUUUCUUAUUUGAACAUGUCUGAAAAUUCCUUGCAAGGUGUCAUUCCUUUUUCAUUUAGAAAUUUGAGUCACCUGAACACUCUAGACUUAUCCAAUAACAAGUUAUCAGGACAAGUUUCUAAUUCUAUUGAAUAUUUAGAUAAUCUUCUUGUGUUAGACUUAGGUGAGAACAAUUUCCAAGGAAAUAUGUUUACAAAUAACUUUAGCCUAACUUAUCUAUAUGCUUUUAUUGUUAAUAAGAACCAAUUGACUGGAGAGAUUCCAAAUAGUAUUUGCAAGAUGUUUUUUUCAAUCUUAGAUAUUAGUGAGAAUCGAUUGUCUGGUGCAUUGCCUUCUUGUAUGAACAACUUUCAAUAUUCCCUUAAGGUCUUGGAUGUUAGAGGAAAUAGUUUAGAAGGAAGUAUACCAUCUAAAUUUUGUGGUUUUUUUUGGCUUCAGUACUUGGAUCUCUCUAACAAUCAUUUCUCUGGUUUAAUUCCACCUUGCUUCAACUUCCCUCACUUGUUGUAUUUGAAUUUGAAGGAUAACAACUUCACUGGUUCCUUUCCAAGUGCUUCUUUUGGCAACAACCUGGAAAUACUAGACAUAGGAAACAACCAUUUCAUUGGUGGUAUUCCUAAUUGGAUAGGCACCCUCCAAAAUCUAAAGAUAUUCUCUUUGAAAGGAAAUCAUUUUAAAGGACCAAUCCCCAAACAAAUAUGCAACUUGAAAUAUCUUCACAUAUUAGACUUUUCUCAAAACAAUUUAUCUGAAGAAAUUCCUCCAUGCAUUCAUAAUAUCGGUCAUCAUUUGGAUUCUGUGACCAUCAUUUUGGAAGAGGUUGGUAUUGGCAUCAAUGAGUCCAAUAUCUUUCCCUAUCACUACUUCUCCAAUAUGCUAUCUCCCGCGGAAAUGUUCCCAGCUUCUGUUGAAUAUAUUGAUUUUGCAACAAAAGAGAGAUCAUAUGCUUACAAAGGUGAUAUCAUCAACUACUUUUCUGGAAUAGAUUUGUCUUGCAACAAAUUGGUUGGUCAGAUCCCAAUUGAGAUCGGCGACAUGGCAUGGCUCCUAGCAUUAAAUUUGUCCAACAACAUGCUACAUGGUCCAAUACCUCAUACACUAUCACGGUUGACAGAGAUUGAAAGUUUAGAUCUCUCACACAACAUGUUGGCAGGAAGAAUUCCUUCGCAACUAGCAGAGUUGCAUUUCAUUGAAUUUUUCUCAGUGGCAUAUAACAACCUCUCUGGUCCAACACUUGGGAUGGUUGGACAGUUCAGCACAUUUAGUGAGAAAAACUAUGAGGGGAAUCCUUAUCUUUGUGGCCCUCCCUUGGUGAAGAGUUGCAAUAAUAUGUCAUCACCACAACAAAAUCAAGUUAAAGAUGGCCACAAAAACGAAGAAACAAUGGAGCGCUUUAUAACCAUUGCAAUUUUUGUUUUAGGUUUUAUUAUGGGCUUCUGGGGAUGGAUGGCUCUUCUAUUUUUCAAGAGAAGCUUGCGUUAUUCUUUCUUUCUAGGAGUGGAUGGAUACAUGGAGGAUAUUGUUGACAUGGCUCGAAAUCUUCUAGCAAAGAUUAAAUAGCAUCGGUAGGCAUUUGGUUGCCUUAUAUUUUAGCGCCAAGCUUGUGCUUUGUUGUCCUUUUCUCUCUUUCUCUUGUUGGGAGCCUUAAUCACUUAGCUGGUUUGUGAUGUUCUCUUUAUGUUGUUUCCAUAUUUAUGUAUUAUUGUUUAUUGUGCA